UUCUUCAGACACCAGACGACACGGCCACUUCAAAGGUCUGAAGCUCAUCACCUUCAAAUUCUCCAACAAAAUGGUGGAAAACGAGGUGGACGCGGCAGUCCUGAACAUCCACGUCCAAGAGUUGCAGACACACAACUCCACCAUAGAUACGACGGAGGAUCAUUUCACCAUAAACAUCCAACCUAGUAGAGUAACUAAAAAUCACAAUAACAACAAAGCAGCCGUGCCAUACGGCCCAGAAAAUUCAGUGAAGAUGUCCAGAAAAGAACUGAAGAUGGGGAAGUGGUUGAAGUUAGAUGUGACGAGUAUGGUGGCGGAGUUUUUUAGGUUGCCACGGGAACAGGGGUUAGAGAUAGUAGUGAGAGUACAAGACUCGAAUAAUAAGAUGAGCUUGGUUGUACCGCAUCCGAGCGCCGAAUCAAAUAAUGCUUUGAUGCCAUAUAUAGAAGUAAGUCUAAAGGACAAUUCACAUAAGAGGAUAAGGCGAAAUAUCGGCAUGGAUUGCAACGAAAACUCCAAAGAGGCGAGAUGCUGCCGUUACCCCCUAGUAGUUAACUUUGAAGAGUUCGGUUGGGACUGGAUCAUAGCCCCAAAACAGUACGACGCGAACUACUGUAGUGGAGAGUGUCCCUACAGUUUCCUGCAGAAGUACCCUCACACACAUUUAGUGCAUUUAGCAGCGCCGCAAGGAAGUGGAGGUCCUUGCUGUGCCCCGAGAAGGAUGUCGAGUAUCUCGAUGCUGUACUUCGAUCAUGAUUUGAACAUCAUCUACGGCACGAUCCCGGGCAUGGUGGUGGAGAGCUGUGGAUGUUCAUAGCGACAGUUGCCUGCCUAGUCUAAGACUCCAAGCGAACAGUCCAGUGUUUGUCCUUUCAUUUGUUUUCUCAAAAUUGUCACUCCGUUCAUUAAAACUUGUUUAAUG